AUGCCACGUUUACUCGCUCUGUGUGUGACACUACUGCUCAUCAUUAACAGCGGGCGGGUGGAAGGACAAGUCACAGGGCACUUCUAUCCAUUUGAAGCUGGAGACAUAGUGAAUCCAAAGAUAGAUGAUGGAAGUUCACCUGCUAUCACUCUUCAACAACCAUUUACAUACUUUGGAAUAUCCUGGAACAUCAUGUACGUAAACAACAAUGGACACCUGACCUUUAUUCAGCCGUUUUCCAACCCCAGUCCGUACCAAUUUCCUGGAUAUGGUGGAAUCGACCUUAUUGCUCCAUUUUGGACAGACCUUGAUAAUCGUGGAAAUGGUGUCGUCUCAUAUCAGCAGUACACUUCAAGUGACGUUCUUGAUCGAGCUACCCGAGACAUCAAUCAGUACUUCCCUGAGCUGAGCUUCAGCGCUACUUGGGUCUUUGUUGCAACAUGGAGUAAAGUAGCUUACUACCGUUCCUAUGAAACUGAAACGUCUUUCCAAGCAGUGUUGAUUUCUAAUGGUGCUCGAUCAUUCAUAUUGAUGAACUAUGGUGAGAUCGCUCCAACAAACCGACCUGUACAGGCUGGUUAUGACACAGACGACUCCAGCUACUACUUCGCAAUUCCUGGCUCAUUUCAAUAUAACUACACAGUUUUUACAUACAGCAGCAAUGUGAAUGUCUUGGGCAGAUGGGCCUUCCAUGUGGAUCAGGGAUCAAGAGGAUGCCAAUUUAACAGUAAUGUCACUUCAGAAGCCAUCAAACAUCAGCAUGUAGCACACUGA